UUUUGAAUGACUUGAUAAGUGACGGUUUUUUAGGUGAGACGAUCAGAAAAAAGAGAUCAUCAUGCAAACUUCAACGGAAACCAAAAUGCUUCAAGACAAGCAGCAACAACUCAACGCGACUAAGCCAACUUCAAAUGAGACUUCAUUGAAAGGCAGCGCUGCAACCGCCACAAUUAUCCAAGACAACUUGCUGCAACGAUCCAUCCAAAAUGUAGCGCUGACGCUGCAAAACGCUAUGAUAAGUUCGUUGCAGCAAGCUGCGCUGUUGCCUGUUAACAGCGCAGCUGCAGCAGCGUUAAAUUUGCAAGCCUUGGAAAGCUAUUUGACUUUGCAAAGGCUUACAACAGUGUCUGCCAAUGCAAAUGAUUGGCCUUCUACAACUUCAGCUGUUGCAACAAAAGUUGUUGAAGCACCUCCUGCAAAAAGCGACAUUUUAAAAAUAGCCGCAAGUACUGCAAAAAUCACUGAAGAAGCUAGCGAAGAUACUAACAACACUAGCCUAACUGAAGAUGUUGAACUAUCAGAAGAAGUUGAGGAAGAUCUAGCUUUGCUAGAUCACGAAGAAGCUUUGAACAAUUUUUCAUUGUCUUCUAGCCCAGUUGAUACAAGCUACCCUUCAAUGAUAAUGAAUAAUAUUUACAGCAAUAAUUCGCCUACUUCAACUAGUAGUAGCACUACAGUAGCCACAAUAGCUAGCGGCGUAGCUUUGGGCAGGCAAAAAGGCACCAUACGUCCAAAAAAGCAGUUUAUAUGCAAAUUUUGCAAUAGACAAUUCACCAAAAGCUACAAUUUGUUGAUCCACGAAAGGACCCACACUGACGAGAGACCUUACAGUUGUGAUAUUUGCGGCAAGGCUUUUAGACGACAAGAUCACUUACGAGAUCAUAGAUACAUCCACUCCAAAGAAAAACCGUUCAAAUGCCAGGAGUGCGGCAAAGGGUUUUGCCAAUCGAGGACUUUGGCUGUCCAUAAAAUUUUGCACAUGGAAGAGUCUCCGCACAAGUGUCCAGUAUGUUCCAGGUCGUUUAAUCAACGCUCGAAUUUGAAAACUCAUUUAUUAACUCAUACGGAUAUUAAGCCUUAUAAUUGUUCAGCGUGCGGUAAAGUAUUUAGGAGAAAUUGCGACUUGAGGAGGCACAGUUUGACUCAUAAUUUAGGGGCCAGCGCUAGUGCCACUGUAACCUCGGAAAGUCAAAAGUUUAGUAUAGAAUCUAUAAUUGAUAAUAAGGGAGAUGAAGCAGAUUAAAUGUUUUAAUAAAUGGAGUUUUGUAUGUAAAUACUUGAGGAUCUCGUACCUAUAUAUUUUUUCAUUGUCACACUGUUAAAAUUGAACAGGGUAAAUAAGCUUUUUCUCUAUAGCAAAAUUUUUUGUGAUGUGGUUUAUUGAAUCUCUUUUAAUGUGGUGUCACACAUUGCGUUUUCACCGCUACGGUUUGCUGGGAUGGUGUAAGCCUAUUGUACAUAAACGGAUCCUGCUGGGAUAGUGACACAAGUAAAGUUCAUCCGGUCAAAACGCAUCCCUUCUAGCUGCAGCGUUAAAAACGCAUAAUGUGACAUUGCACUUAGUUCGUAAGAUAUUUUUAUAUGUAUUUUUUUUUUUGUGGUGUAGCAUAUUAUUUUAGUUUUUUUUUGUAGAUGUUUGUGUAAUAAACAUUAUAUUUUUUAGGAAAAUGUUUGUUGUUUUUUUUAUUGAUUAUUAGAAAGUUUUAUUUAUCAUCAAUGCGGGCUUUAUAGUCGGAGAAUUUAUUUAAUUGAUCUUUGACCGCAAUAAUGUUCUUGCAACAAUAAUAAUUGCUUCCUAAUAAAUUUUCAACGCCUUCCAA